AUGACCUCCCUCGCCAUGCUCGCGAACAGUGGGAGCGUGACCGGCGCCUCACAGCUGGUGACUUUCCGCCCAGGUCAAGAUGCUCUUGCUGCGAUCAGCCUUGGAAGUGCAGGUCAGGAGGAUGUAACAGAGCGACUAACGACCUCCAUUUUAUGCUCACGCGGACAGACGCCGAAUGACCUGAAAGUCAUGCCGACCGGAGAUGAGCACGGAAACGCGCGUAACCACCUCUACUACCGAAGAUGCACCCCACGAGAUUUGUGCAAUGAGGAGGGCGGAAAGAAGGGGGUGAAGGAAAAGUUGGGAAUUAGGGUCUCCCAUCCGCGAGUUGGCACCACGCCAGACGAAUGCACAGACGUACGUGCAAGGCCUACGGCGAAUGAACGUGGCAUGUAG